UGAGAGCUCUCUUUUCUUCUAACUCAUCUCCGUGUUAGCUAAACAGCAUGACCUGCUUGUGUGUCUCAAUGACAGACAUUUAGACAUGUGAGUCCAGGAUGGUGGAAAUAAGCUUCACUUUGAGGUCUUUUAUUUAAGUGACAGUGAAAUAAACAAGAAGUGUGUGAAGAUGCCAGCCGGUGUGUCCUGGCCUCGGUACCUGAGGAUGCUUGGAGCCAGUGUACUGGCCAUGUUUGCAGGAGCACAGGUCGUCCACCAGUACUACCUACCUGAUCUGAGUGUACCAGAGAUCCCACCAAAGCCUGGGGAGCUGAAGACAGAACUGAUGGGCUACAAAGUCAGAGAAGAAGCUGCUGCUGCUGCGUUACAGCAGCUGAAAGCAGAACAAAAGGUGGACUGAUCUGGAUUACACAUACUCUGUGUGAUGGACACUUAACCAAGCAGACUAUGUCCAGCUUUUGCCAACAGCUAGAUGCUGCUACGCGCCUGGGAGUAAUGUCAUUUCUGGGACAUCUGCAAAUGGAUAUGUUCUGUGUUCGGUGUUUUAUUCUGAUGGAGCAAACAGGAGUGGAAUAAAAUGCUACAUACUCGGGAUAAGGAUCUUAUUGACACAAGAUCAUUUGGUUUAUACAACCAUGUGUAUCCGUCUGUUGUUAAUACAUCUCUUCAUCCUUUUUGAAUGUGUUCGCAUUUUCACACCAAGUGAUGAAAUAUGUAAGGGAACGCUUCAUGAACACACUGUAACUUCUAUUCUAUUCAAAAGUAUAUAUUUUGCUUGUUUUUCCCCUAGACCAAAUUUAUUUAAAAUAAAAAUAGCAAACUAAA